GAGACAGAGGUCGUCCACUACAUUGCAUCCUCGUGCCCUUCUGGAAUGGAGCCUGUUGGUGCUGCGGCUCCACACGGGGCGCACGCAUCAGAUACGGGCCCACUGCGCCCAGCUGGGCCACCCCCUUGCUGCAGACCAGGCCUACGGAGGUCGGAAGCUUGAAGUUUGCCAGCGUGUCUUCCUUCACGCUUUCCAGCUACGUUUGGCAACGCCUGGGGCACAAGGAGGUUCUGAUGGCUUCACGGCCGAUGCCUUCUCACCACUGCCAGAAGACUUGCAUGAGGUGCUUCGUGAGAUGAAUGCCCAGACUGCAGAGUGCGCG